AUGUUGCCCAUGAUUGAGGUGACAUCUUGGGUAGACAAUAUGGGUGGAGCAGGAGGGGCUCCUGAUAUAGUGGUUUCAGGAACUGCUUCCCAAACUGGCUUGGGAGGUGAUAAUAAGUCAGCCACAGAUCUAGUGUAUGCAUUGUUGGAAUACAUUCAUGCAGAUGUUAAACUCGUCAAAUGCCUUGUACAGAACAUUGUUGUAGAUAUCUCUUUCAAUCAAGUAGGGGGACUCUGUACAUUAUGCUUUCUUGAAGAGAUUGAUAAUCUUAUUGGCAAAGACCAUCUCUUUAAACGGAGUAUUAUAUUGAUUAAAGCUUGGUGUUAUUAUGAGAGCCGCAUUCUUGGUGCUCAUCAUGGUCUAAUUUCUACAUAUGCUCUUGAAACAUUGGUCUUAUAUAUCUUCCAUCUAUUUCAUUCGUCUUUAAGUGGCCCCCUAGCGGUUCUAUACAGAUUUUUGGACUACUUCAGCAAAUUUGAUUGGGAUAACUACUGUAUCAGUUUAAAUGGUCCAGUCUGCAUAUCCACUCUGCCUGAAAUAGUGGCUGAGAUGCCUGGUAAUGGUGAGGCUGACUUGUUGCUUAGUAAAGAAUAUUUAAAGAGAUGUGUGGAUUCGUUCUCAGUUCCACCAAGAGGGUUUGAGACCAACUCUCGGGCAUUUCCCCAAAAGCAUCUUAACAUCAUUGAUCCAUUGAAAGAAAAUAACAACCUUGGACGUAGUGUCAGUAAAGGUAAUUUCUAUCGUAUACGUAGUGCGUUCACAUAUGGGGCCCGAAAGCUUGGUCGGAUCCUUCUGCUACCAGGAGAAAAUAUAGAGGGUGAACUCAACAAGUUUUUCAUGAACACCUUGGAUAGGCAUGGGAGUGGACAGAGACCAGAUGUGCAGGAUUCCAUCCCAACUUUUGGUGCUAGUGGACCUGGUCGUGCGUGCUCAAAGUCAGCUAUAGAGAAAAGCAGAGAAGAGAGGAUAAUUCCAGAUUCACCACAUGUUAGUUCCAUUAGGUCAGUCGGAGAAUCUAGGAUUGGUCAUCUGGGAACUGUUUGUGAGGGACUGACUAACAUGAAGAUAUCAGAGAAGGAAACAUAUCCUGGAAUGCGAUUUGCAAUUGAACCCCGAGGAUGCUCAACCAAAGUGGCUCCCCCUCCAAUGGUAUUGAACUCAGGUGGUUCUGCACCUGGAAAUUCUGUUUCAGGAUAUCAUCUUGCUGGGGAUGCAAAAGAUCUUGCUACCUGUAGAAUUCAAGGUUUUAGAAACACAAGUGAGACCACUAAAUCUACGUCUCUGAGUACCGAGGCUGGCACUUCACUAUUUGGAAAAGCACAUCAUGCACCUCAUCUAUAUUACUCCCGCGCAUCUCCAAAAAGUGGGAAGUCUGGAAAUGGAAACUCCGAACAGACAAUGCCAUUUAAUUCUUCUAUAUCUGAGGUAUCUUCUUGGCAACCUCGUUUUCCUGAUGAGGAGAAUGGCAUAAAUUUCCGGCCAGAUUUGGAGGGGACUGACCCAAUCACCAGUAGUUCAAGCUACAUGUUUAGUAAUCAUGAGUAUGCAACUUCUGUUAGCUCAGCAAAUGGUGUUCUGUUUGUCAAUUCAGAUGCUUAUCCCGUGGAAGAUUUGUCUUUUGGAUUUGGGGGUACAGACACAGCUGGAGCUGCUGUAAGCACCGAAAUUCAGGGCUUCUUAGCAGACCUCAGUGGUGAUGUUGAGAGUAACCUCAGUAGUCUUCAGUAUGGUCGGUUUUGCCUGGAGUAUGCCUUCUGUGGUCCUGUUACGUCAUUUCCUCCACCAUCAUCUUCUCAGUUCCAGAAUAAGCAUGCAUGGGAACCCCUUAAUCAACCAUUUAAACGUAACAUGUUUCCUCAUCCUAAUGCCAAUGGCGCUGUCCCAGGACCAACAUUCUACCCUGGGAACCCUUCCAUGGUGUCUAGUGGUGCUUUUGGUGCAGAAGAAAUGCCUAAGCCACGGGGAACUGGCACAUAUUUCCCCAUCACGAGCCAUCGCUCGUACAGGGACAGGCCCUCCAUGGGGAGGGGAAAGAAUCCAGCUCCAGUGUCCCAUGGUCAGUUGCAGAGACCAUCUCGUAACAAUGACCGGGCUGCAACACUGCCAGACACAAACUGGAUUGAAAAAGGCAGUCUAGAGCAGUUGCCAGUGCAGGUCCCGGUUGUUCCUGGCUGUGGGAAGCAUGGAUCACUGGAGUUCAUCCGGUCAGUUCGCCCCACCAUGAAAGGGUUCUCUCAUGCCAAUGGGUUCUCACUCCCUUGUGAGAAGCUUGAAUUUGGGUCUUUUGGGCAUCUACCAUUGGGUGCAGGCUCGCCAGAUGCGAGCAGGCAGCCAGACCCUGGCUCUCUAAAUUCUCAGGUCUCAAUGUUGAGCCUCCGAUCACCAACAUUGCAGAGAUUGAGACCAUCAUUGAGUAUGAAUCAGGAAAGGGUUGCAGUACAAUCAUACCAUCUGAAAGACAAUGAUGAUUUCCCCCCUUUGACCAUUUGAGAUCAGUGGGAAGGGAAUGGUUUGUGUAUAGAUAGAAAGGGAUGAAAAGACAGUGAGCAACAGUAAAUGCUAACAAAAAACCAGGACAAAGCUUGAACUUUUGCGUGGUUGGCCUCAACCUGGCAUUUUCAAAGUUUCAGAAAAGGAGUCUUCUUUUUUCUUUUUUAAAUUUUCACGUGCUGAAAAAGUAGAAAAAGUCAUUGUGUACAUUCUUCUGAUUCUUUUCUUUGAGUCUCCAUCUCUUUAAUUUCUGUUUUAGGUCAUUUACUAGGAUAGACUCUUUGAUUAUGCACAUCUUGCUUCUCUUUUUUCUCCUCUCACCCUUGUUGGGUGAUAUACAGAUGAGCCUGGUUGUUGUUGUUGUUUAUGUUUAAAGAGAAUGUACUUUUGUUAUAUGCUUUAUGUGCUCUUUGGCAGCAAGGUUGAUGGAACUUUCUGGUUAUUCACCAGAACAGCGUAUCCAGCAUUUCAGGCAA